AUGGUUCUUUUCCCAAGUCUGCAGAACUCAAACUCGGAGGCCAACUUGGGAUACAUUAUUGGCCCUCAAUGGUUACAUCUUCCUAUUUUGGCACUUCCUGGCCUUGGAACGGCUGUACUUUGGGCUUCAAUGAUGUCUCAUGCCACUCCUACUUUAUUAUCUCUCGGCAUGUCUAAAAGUACAUUAUCACUUGUUUUUCUCGCUGGGCCCCUUUCGGGAAUUAUCAUGCAACCAUUAAUAGGUGCGCUUGCCGAUGCUUCGACUUCAAAAUAUGGGCGAAGAAGGCCGUUCAUGAUGGGAGGAUGUCUAGUAUGUGUACCUGCGAUGCUUGGGCUGGGAUUUGCACGAGGGAUUGGCGAGGCACUAUGGCCUUCACAUGCCCAAGGAAUCGCCAUAUUAAUAUCGGUUCUAUCGAUCAUAUGUAUAGACUUUGCUGUGAACGCUGUCAUGUCCGCCGAUCGGGCCUUGAUUGUCGACAUGUUGCCGCCUCAUGAACAAAACUCUGGCAACGCCUGGGCUAGCCGCACCUCGGGGCUUGGUCAAGUAUUAGGUUUCUUCAUCGGUAACCUCGACCUACCAUACAUGUUCGGGAGCAAUUCGAGCCAGAUCGGGCUACUCAGUGUGAUUGCUGGUCUGUUGCUCUUAGGAACACAUGUUAUUACUGCAGUUUUUGUCCAAGAGGCCGUACAUCAGCCACGCCCAGGAGAUGCAACUGACCUAAAACAGAUGUUACGAAAUAUGUGGGAUACCGUUCUCAAACUACCAGCCACCAUUCGCAGCAUCUGCUUCAUCCAAUUCUUUUCGUGGCUCGGCUGGCUACCAGUUAUGCUCUUUGCGACUGAAUACAUUGGCGACAUAUACGUCCGCGACGCACUCGAGCACGGAGACUCACGUGGGCCGUCUAGCGAGGCGCUCCAAGAGGAAGGCACCCGCGCCGGAUCCCGAGCCUUGUUUCACGGAGCGCUCUUGACGCUCUUUGCAUCAAUCAUGCUCCCCCUGUUCGUCGUUAGCCGAAGCGAAGCAGACCACCAGAGUAUUGGAGGGAUCAUAUGGGAGCUUUCGAAGCGACUGCCUCUUGAGAUGCAGCAGGCUUUGCACAGGUGGCGAGAGACCAAGUUUGAUUUGGCCAAGACUUGGGCGGUAUCGCACAUGGUGUUUGGUGUGUUGCUCUUGAGCACACUGCUCGUACGAGGUCCCGGAUUCGCAUCGUUCAUAUUCGUCCUGAUUGGACUCUGCUCAGCCGUGAGCGCAUGGGCACCCUAUGCACUGCUAGGAGAAGCCAUCGCGGCCGAACAACAAGGCGGUCAUAUCCACGGAGGGGCGAGCCAAGCGGAUCUAGACGUAUCCCUCGUGUUGCUCAACGACACCGAAGACUGGGAAAACGCACAGCGUUUACCCGAGGCACCAGCUCCAGAACAAGGACCACAGCAGGCGGGCGUCAUCCUGGGUAUACAUAACAUAUUUGUGGUCAUCCCUCAGUUUGUUAUCAUCGGCGUAUCGUCUGCGAUCUUUGCCUUGCUCGAUACCAAACAACUCUUGCACCCUGGUGGGUCGGAUGCGUCUGAUACUCUAUCACCCGGAAAGCAAGCAGAAAGCAUAGGCGUCGUUUUCAGGAUCGGGGGGAUUUGUUCGGGCGUUGCUGCGUUCCUCACGCUUCGGCUGGCAAGAUCGCUCAGCAAAAAGUACUCAUUAUGA